GCCUGAGCGCAUUUUUUUUUUCUCUGGCUGGGAGAAACAGGACAGCCGCGUCCGUGCCAAGGAGAAGGCGUAGACUUCCUCCAAACAUUUCCUCCGCCAUCUCCGUCUUCGAGACUCACAAGUUUUGUGGAUUCUUUGUAACGAGAGGAGUUUUUUUCCCCUUUCUUACCCCCUUUUCCCCCCCUCCACCACCUGGGCGCUUCUGUCUUCGCUCCGAAACAACACGGAGGAUUCCUCCUUUUCCUCAGACAUCUGAACUUUUGCAGACAUGGACUGGGGAACAGAUCUUUGGGACCAGUGUGAUGUCAUUGACAAGCACACGCAGUCAGGCCUUGAUCUGGUGGACCGUUACAUAAAGUUUGUGAAGGAACGGACGGAGAUAGAACAGGCCUACGCCAAGCAGAUCAGGAGCCUAACAAAGAAAUAUGCCAAAAAAGGGAGCAAGGAUGAGCAAGACUGCAAAUUCAGCAAUCACGCAUCAUUCCAGGAGAUCCUGAACGAGCUGAACGACUACGCCGGCCAGCGGGAGCUCAUAGCUGAAAACAUGAUGACCGCCAUCUGUGUCGAACUCACCAAGUACCUUCGGGAACUCAAACAGGAACGGAAAACAUACCUGUCUGAUGCCAAGAAGGCCCAGCAGAAUUUAGAGAGCAGCCUUAAACACCUAGAAAGCACUAAGAAGCGCUUUGCCAAGGAAUGGGCGGAGGCUGAUAAAGCCACACAACAAGCAGAGAAAAUAGAGAGCGACCUCAAUGCCACCAAGCUCGAUGUCGAAAAAGCCAAGCAGCAUGCCCAUGCCCGCACACACACGGCGGAGGAGUGCAGGAACGACUAUGCAGCACAGCUCCAGAAAUACAACAAGGAACAAAACUUAUACUACUACUCAGAGAUACCGCAGAUCUUCAAUAAACUGCAGGACGUGGAUGAACGGAGGAUCCGGCGGCUGGCGGAGGGCUACUGCCAGUUUUCAGACAUCGAAAAGAAGGUGCUGCCCAUCAUCUCCAAGUGUCUAGAGGGAAUCUCUGCAGCAGGCGUGAAAAUUAAUGAGAAACAGGACUCGAUACUGUUCAUAGAGCAGCACAAGUCUGGUUUUGAGCGACCUGGAGAUGUGGAGUUUGAAGACUAUUCCCAGGGAAUCAAACCAGCGACCUCGGACUCCAGCCUCAACCCCCCCAAAGUGCGCACCAAGCUCUGGACUUUCAAUAAGAAGCACAAGACAUCUCAUGCUGAAAAGCACAUGCCCCCGCCUGCAGAAGAUUUCUCUCACCUUCCUCCGGAGCAGAGGAAGAAGAGGCUGCAAGCAAAGAUUGACGACAUCACCAAAGAUCUGCAGAAAACGCAGGACCAAAGUGAGGCACUGGAGAAGAUGAAGGGUGUGUACGAGCAGAACCCACAGAUGGGAGACCCCUCCAGUCUGGAGCCUCAGAUGACUGAGACUGCGCAGAACAUAGGGCGCCUGAGGGGGGAGCUCGCCAAAUAUGAGUCGUGGCUGUCAGAGGCAGUGGGCGGAGAGGAAUCUUCCAACACCAUCAACAAUAAUACGCAACAUGGUGUUGUAGCAGCUGACCAGUCCCAUAACAUCUACACUGAGUUUGACGAUGAGUUUGACGACAUAGAAGCUCCUGUUGGCCAGUGCACAGCUCUGUACACCUUUGAAGGCAACAGUGAGGGCACCAUUUCCAUUACAGAGGGUGAGCUGUUGAGUAUAAUGGAGGAGGAUAAAGGAGACGGAUGGAUGAGAGUCCUUAGAGCCAGUGGAGAGGAGGGUUAUAUACCUUCAUCGUAUGUCAAACUCUCCCCGUAACACACACACUCAGAGCUUGCGAUGGAAGUUUAGAGCCAAAGGUGAACACAAAGUCAUCCUUGAUAAUUGGAGCUGCUCUCUACAUCUUUUAUCUCCGCCAGUGACGUGUACGGUGAGAUGAGAGUCAGCGAUUAGAAAGCGUCUUAUCAAGGCUGAUUGCCGUAUCAUACACUCCCUGUCUCUGCUCGCUGUGGCAGGAGAGGCUGUCUCUAAACACAGACUGCCAGUCCUGUCUGAUCUUUAUAGAUUUCAGCUCUUUUAAAACCAAACUUUUGAAUGUAUACCUGAACUUUUUGUCAUGGUGUUAAGUGACGAGUCGUGUAAAGCAUAUUCGGCGUCAUAGUAGCCUAAUGCUACAUUUCUUUGUGUCAGUAUAUCCACACACUUGACUUUCCCACUGCCAUUUUUUUAAUAACCUGCUGAACGUUUCCUUUUUGUAACUCCAGCCCUCUGCUAAAUCCUCUUUCCUGACAGGAUAAUGUGAGUUUUUUUAUUUUUUUUAAUCAUAGUGAUGUGAAGUUUAAUGAGUUAUAACUGGAUGAAAACCACUACUCUAUAGAGAGUGCACAAACUAUAAUAUCCCUCAUUGGAUCGUCACAGAAAAGGAUUGCUUCUGGGUUUUUUUGUCUGUCUUAGAACAGAACAGUUGGGUGCCUGUAUGAAUAUUGAAACUGUUUUUGCUUGCUGUAACCAUCCGCCCUGUUUAUACUGGCCCUUCCUUAUGCACUCCCAGUGUAAGUGAUGGAGGACAAAAACUUACAGCCCUCGCUCUGGGCAAAAAUACAUUCCAAAGUUUUUCUCAAGAUAAUGUGAAGCUUCAGCAGUCUGAGUCAGACUACUCAAGUGGGUAUCUUCCAGAGUUUCAGUGCUUUUAAUACAAAACUCAUUCUUUUGUGUUACUAUACUUCCACUGCAGCUCAGCUGGAAAACACAGGGGAAACACAAAGAGGAAUUUCGUAUUAAAAGACUAACUUCGGAAGAUACCCACUUGAUAUGACAAAGUCAGACUUCUGAACCCCCAUAUCAACUUCAAAUGAACGUUGGAAUCCAUUUUUACACAGAAUGAGGACUGUAGAGAUCCCCUGCCCCCUCCCAGCUCUUUCAUUUGAAGUGCAUUAGGAAAGGAUUUCUUAAUAGGCAGUAUGUAUCAUUACGGAAAGCAAAAACUGUUCAGAUGGGCAUGUAAGUACUGUUUUAAGACAGACUUGAAAAAAAUGUCAACCUAUCCUUUAACCUUUAUCAUAUAUUGCAGUUUCUCUUCUACAGAUUUGCCAGGAAAUUUAAAAGCACAACAGUUAAAAUGAUCAAAGUUUGGUAAAAAUGCAGAAUUUAUUGUUUUAUAAUUCCUGUGAACUGCCUGUAUUUGAGGUUGCGGCCCCUGUGCAGCUUCAGAGAUCAUCACAUAGCACUGACAUUGUGAAACCUGAUAAUAGGUGCAGAGAGUAGGCAAUUAUUUAGUCUCAUUUUCAUUUUCCAGUGUUGAAAGUAUCAAAAGUGGCCGGGCUCUUGUGUUGGAGCAGUCUCAGUUCUGGCAAACAAGUCGUGCUCUGAAUAUUUUUGCUUCCCAUGUUGUGGUUUUAUAUGGUUUAAUUAUAUAUUGUGAGACUUCACUCUUUUUGGCCUUCUCAAAUUUUCUGAAACAGUGGCCAUUAAAAAAAAAGACCUCUUAAUUCCCAAUUUAAAUCCUGAUAACGUGUUCUACCAAAUUUCAGAAGAAUCAGUGACACCAGGAUAGACUUCAAAGCAAUGACAUGGGGGUUUUGAGAUUCAGCUCCUUGCUGGAUCCCUCUCAAAAAAAUAAAUACGUAAGCACUUUUAAAAUCUGGUUGGACAGUUUAACAUCCCAUCGAGACAUAAAAAUAGUCUUGCUUUAAAUCAUCACUUGUGUUUGAUAUGGCUUUUCCACAUAAAAGUCAAUUAACUAGUUAAAAUUUAUUUUAUUACAUCUACACUAUAUUUGUCAUUUAAAAAUCUAGAAUCUGUGAAUUUAUAAACACAAGAUGUGUCACAAGUUUAGAGAGGUAUGAGAUAAAAUUUGUAAAAGCAUCCUAGUGUCAAAUUCAAUUCAGAAGGUCAAACAAGAAGCAACACAAUUUCUGAGUUUCUCUUAUGUCUUAAACCUUAUGUCUCAUAAUGUUUAAGACAUAAGGUUUAACCAUCUCUUUCUGUACCGUUCUGUCCUGCACUAGUAAAUGUUUUUGGAACAUUUAAGGGGUAUUAUUGUACGAUCCAUUUUUAAAAAGAAAAUGUAUUUACAUGUAUCAUUUGAGUCAUAAAUUGAAAAAAAAA